AAAUUGUGAUGGUUUCCAUCCGAAACCCUAACCCUAAUCAUUAACAUUUUCAUCCCUGUUAUCCCAACCAAUUGAAUCUCAAAUUUAACAAAAACCGCCUUCCGAUUGCCACCUUUGUCUGCACUGUACGGAGGAUUCGUAUGCUUUUAUGUCGUGUACAUGUGCAUUGUAAAUACAAAGGUCAAUAGUUUAGGCUAAAAAAAAAAGUACAAAAUCAAAACAAAACAAAACAGGAUUAUACAUUUAAGCCUGUGAGAUUUGAGAGGUAAUAUAAUUGGUUGGGUUAAUUUGGUGAAAAUGUCGAAUUUCUAUGGAGAUUUUAGUCCAAAAAUUGAUUAUGUAUUCAAGAUUGUGUUGAUCGGAGACUCUGCAGUUGGAAAAUCUCAGCUCCUGGCAAGGUUUGCGAGAAAUGAGUUCAGCUUAGAUUCCAAAGCUACAAUUGGGGUUGAGUUUCAGACCAAGACCUUGCUCAUCAAUGACAAGACCGUCAAAGCUCAAAUUUGGGACACUGCUGGCCAAGAAAGGUACCGGGCAGUAACGAGUGCAUAUUACAGAGGUGCAGUCGGGGCAAUGUUAGUCUAUGACAUUACAAAGCGUCAAUCAUUUGACCACAUGGCGAGGUGGCUGGAAGAAUUAAGGACUCAUGCUGACAAGAACAUUGUGAUUAUGCUCAUUGGCAACAAGUGUGACUUGGGAAGUCUCCGGGCAGUACCCACCGAAGAUGCACAGGAGUUUGCAGAACGAGAGAAUCUCUAUUUUAUGGAGACAUCAGCCCUUGAGGCUACCAAUGUUGAAAGUGCAUUCUCGAGUGCUCUAAAAGAAAUUUAUCAAGCAGCAAGCAAGAAGUCCCUCACAGCUAAUGGUGGCAACUAUGGAAAUUCUUCUUCUCUCAAGGGAACCACCAUUGUUAUUCCAAACCGUGAUUCAGAUCCUCCAGCGAAAAAGGGUGGAUGUUGCUCAUAGAUCUAGUACUCUGUAAAUCUGCAUCUUUCGUCACUCUUACUCUGAGCUUUAUAUAUGUAUAAUUUUCUUCUCAUAGGAUGUGUAUAACAAAAAAAACGAAAUUUUCCUCAUAGAAAAAGAAUGUGCAUUUA